AUGCUUCUCACCUACGUACUACUAGUAUUCAUACUAGGGAUCGCACACGCCUUGCGCACCAAUCCGCUCGCGUCUGUCAGCGGCCCGGCGUGGGACACAUUUAACCAGAGCGUAUCAGGGCGACUGUUCAACGGCUUGCCUGUGCUUGCACCAUGCUUUAGCACCGUGAACGGCGCGCCGCAGAGUCCAGACACACAGGAGUGUAAGCGCGUGGUGGGUAAUCAAGCGAAUGCAGCAUUCAUAUCUGAUAUGUUUGGGGGAUAUGCUACUGGAAACUGGGCCUCCUGCCAGGGAACGGGCGAGUCUUGUGUGUUUAAUCUCACAGCAGGACCAAACCCACCAGGAGACUGUCACCAGGGAGCUGUGCCCGGGAAAUACGUCGAAGUCCACACCGUAUCGGACGUGCAGCGGACGAUGGAUUUCGCGCGCCGACACCGUCUUCGCUUGGUUAUUAAGAAUACGGGCCAUGACUACAAGGGACGUAGUUCGGCACCGGAUGCGCUUGCACUAUGGACACACAAGUAUCAGCCGGCCAUCAGGCUGGACCGGUCCUUUACCCCCGAUGGAUGUCAUGACCCAGUCGGUGAAGUGAUUACGUUCGGAGCGGGGCAGCAAUUCGGGGGAAUCUACGAGUUUGCGCACGCGCAUGGUUAUAGGGUUGUUGGGGGGAUGUCGAAGACGGUGGGGGCUGCUGGAGGGUGGAUUACGGGGGGAGGGCAUAGUAUGCUGUCUCCUGAGCUAGGCCUCGGCGUCGACAACGUCCAACAGCUCCGAGCAGUCCUUCCAAACGGCACAUACGUAACCGCCAACCGAUGCCACAACCAAGAAAUCUUCUUCGCCCUGCGCGGCGGUGGAGGCGGGACCUUCGGGGUAAUCAUGGAGAUGAGCGUGACAGCGCAUGCGGAAAAGCUAAUGGAGGUUUUCACGAUGAACCUAGCCGGUUCUGACCCCUCUACCGCGGAGAGACUCCUCGCUGCCGUAGUCGCCAGUGCAAACCGCUGGGCGUCUGAAGGGUGGGGAGGCUACAUCCUGCCUGGGGGGCGGGCAGAGCAGCCGUCGACGAUGGUGAUGGCCACUACACUGCUGGACCAUGCGGCGGCGGAAGAAUCCGUUCAGUCAAUGAUGGCAUUGGCGGGCGAGGCGGCAGGCGAGGCCAAGUUAACCUCUGUAGGGGGCUUCUACGAGGUCGCCAGGGGGAUACUGGACGACAAAUCGCUAGAGCGGUCUCUAUCCAGCGGAGCGGCGAUGUCGUCCCGGAUCAUACCACGAGAUACUUUUCUCGGAGAGAGCAAUCAGAAAAGUCUGUCAUCGAUAUUGAACGACAUCCGGUUGGCAGGCCAGAGAAAUGAGGCGUCGCAGAUGCUGGUCCUGAUGACGGCGCCAACUGUGUACUCACGUAACCUGCCCGCGUCCGAUGAGCCAGACGGGCCGGGCGCAGCGUCUGUGACGCCGGCGUGGCGCAACGGUCUGUGGCAUGUGAUUCACGUACGCAGUUUCGACACUGUGGUAACAGGCCCUGGUGCCGUGGGAGAGGUGUUUCAGGAUACCCACGAGGCAAUGAACCCGCUGCGGGAGUUCACUCCUAGCGGAGGGGCGUACCAAAACGAGGCCGAUGCAUUUGAGCCGGACCCGGUGGGGGCGUUCUGGGGGAAGAAGAAUUAUGAGCGGUUGAUGAGGAUCAAGGAGAGUUUGGACCCGGAGAAUUUGUUGACGGUGCAUCAGGGGGUGGGAUGGGAUGGGGAGGAUGCGAGGUACGGGUGUUAUCCUGUAUUUCAGUAG